CAACCCCAGAUUCCACUCGAUUUGCGACGUCACAAGCCGCUCACUCACGAAUCUGUCACCGCGAAACCCGCUCCCGCCGAAUUCUUGAAUCGAUCGAAAACUCCACAGACAUAGGAGGAGACCGGAGAAGGACCUGGCCACCGCUUGCGGAGAAUCGACCUUGGCGUCAACCCCACCUCACACCUCCUACCGGCCGAUCCGACCUUGAAGUCGCGAAAAUACCGCCAAGAUGUCUUUAACAAACUGCCGUUUCUAUGAGGAGAAGUACCCGGAGAUUGAUAGCUUCGUCAUGGUCAAUGUCAAGCAGAUCGCCGAGAUGGGUGCUUACGUCAAGCUCCUCGAGUACGACAACAUUGACGGCAUGAUCCUGCUGUCCGAGCUUUCCCGAAGACGUAUUCGGUCUAUCCAGAAGCUCAUCAGAGUCGGACGCAACGAGGUCGUCGUUGUGCUUCGUGUCGACAAGGAGAAGGGCUACAUCGAUCUCUCAAAACGACGAGUGUCACCAGAGGACAUGGUCAAGUGCGAGGAGCGAUACAACAAGAGCAAGACUGUGCACCUGAUCAUGCGACACGUUGCCGAGAAGACGCAGACCCCGAUCGAAACGUUGUACGAGACGAUCGCCUGGCCGCUGAACCGGAAAUACGGCCACGCCAUCGACGCUUUCAAGCUGUCCAUUACCAACCCCGAGGUCUGGAAUGACAUUACUUUCCCCAGCCAGCCUGUGUCGGACGAGCUGAAGCUGUACAUCAGCAAGCGCCUCACGCCCCAGAAGACCAAGGUCCGUGCCGACAUUGAGGUCACCUGCUUCGGCUACGAAGGCAUCGACGCCGUCAAGACCGCGCUGCGCACCGCUGAGGCGGGCAACAGCACUGCCGAGGCUGAGAACUCGGGCACGGAGGUGAAGGUUAAGCUUGUGUCUCCUCCCCUGUAUGUUCUUACUAGCUCCUGCCUCGACAAGAACCUGGGCAUCACUCGACUACAGGAGGCCAUCACGGACAUCAAGAAGAGCAUUGAAGGCGCCGGCGGGCACCUGGUGGUUAAGAUGGAGCCCAAGGCCGUGACGGAAAGCGACGAUGCUGAGCUCCAGGCUCUGAUGGAGAAGAGGGAGCGCGAGAACGCCGAGGUCAGUGGCGACGAGAGCAUGAGCGAGAGCGACGACAACAUCCCCGAGACUGUCUAAAGGCUUUGCGAGGCACAUGUUCGGUUUUAGCGGGCCCAAGGUUGCAUCACAGCUUGUAGCCAUGAACGGCAAAGUGGUGUUGGCAUUGGUCGGGGAGUCUGUCUGGCAGCGUCGCUGGUCAGGUCCAGUAGAGGACAAGAGAUGGCGGACGGGGCGGCCCCCCCUUGUAGCUAGCAGGCCAGCUUGCGAUGUCACACAUCGGCGUUGGAGGACGAUACAAAAAAUGCAUCACGUUCGUCAC